GGACAACUGCAAUGAUAGCAGUAAAGAUUACAACCAAUUGGUGACUUCGCCAUUGCUUUGACAUAAAGAGAAAUGAUGGAGUUUUUAUCAUUCUACUCCACGCUUUGCUUCCAUCUUCCGCGCCAUAUUAACUAAUCCCCAAACUAAAAGAUUCUCAUUUUAUCGAAAAGAAUCUAAUUGUCUGUUCACUUCAACUGAAAGUUGACGGAAAGGAAGUGUUAGGAAAUUCCGGGUGCAAUUAUGGUAAAAACUAGAAUCACGAGAUUCUGUUGCACUGAAAUGGACAUUCCAGUGGCAUUGUAAUGAGAUAGAUUGUUAUUUAUUAUGUCUUGAAGACCAAUUUGACGGUAGUGGGCUACUUCCAAUUAUGGCAGACUGUAAUAUUUGACAGGGGUUGGUGAAGAGGAGGAAAGGUUGUUUGAAGUUCAAAGAUGGAGAUAAUAGUAGUGGGAAUAUCUAUGUUAGAGGAAGAAGAGAGCAGAGAACUGUUGUCAUGGGCUAUCAGUGUAGCAGCUCGACCAGGGGACACUGUGCUUGCACUUCAUGUACUAGUUGUGAAGGAUGAUAAGAAGCUUGAGUCAACACAGAACAAGAUGGACAGAGCAAAUGCAUUUACUAUCAAUUUGUUAGGGGCAUUCACAGACCUCUGCCAGGCCAAACAGGUGAAGGUUGAAGCAAAGGUGCUGGUUCACUCUAGUGUGGAGAAAGGUUUGGUUGAUGAGGCAGCUGCUUCGAAGGCUUCAUUUCUCAUUCUUGGAGCUUCAACAGAUCAAAUGAAGAGGCCUACACUAGGAGUGACAAAGUAUUGCAUUCAGCAUGCUCCCGCAAGAUGUUCUGUCAUUACAGUGAAGAGCAGAAGAAUUCCAAACCAGACAGAAAACUUUCCAAAAAUCUAUAACAAUUUAGAUAUUCUUGAUGAGGGAAUUCACAAGUUGAACCUCAAAUGGCCGCCAAUGGAUCUUAGCAAAACAAUUGUGUCUCUACAGAAACGACUUCUCUCAAAGAUUGCUUCUGGAAACACAGAAGUCACAUUUACCAACAAAAGAUCUAACAUUUUUCUCCAGUCAAAGGAAAAGAUCUCACCAAGACAAGCUUUGGAACAGGACCAUGAUGUGUCCUCUCAUUCAAUCUCCAAAAGAGGCGUCUUUCAUCAAGCAUCUUCAGAUUGUGAUGAAGAAUUUGUAUCUGGAUUGCAUCAGCAGAAUUGCUUGAGCAUUCUGAGGAAUGUCAAUUUGACAUUUCCACCACUUUUCUCUUCAUCAUUUGGCCGCCAUUCACUAAAAGGCAAUGAGAAGUAUAAUUCAGAAACCUAUCAUCCACAUGGAACAAAAGGAAGAAACGCCACACCUAGCAUACCAAAACCAUCCUGGAGGUGCUUUACAUAUGAAGAAAUUGCUCAGGCAACCAACAAUUUUAAUCCUGAUAACAUUGUUGGCAGAGGUGGGUAUGCAGAGGUUUACAGAGGAGAUCUCCAGGAUGGGCAGAUGAUAGCGGUGAAGAGAUUGGCCAGUGGAAGCACAGACGAACAAAAGGAGAAAGAUUUUCUCACAGAACUGGGUAUAAUUGGUCAUGUUUGCCAUUCAAAUACUGCUUCAUUAAUUGGUUGCUGCAUUGAGAAUGGCCUGCAUCUCAUCUUUGACUUUUCACCCUAUGGUAGCUUGGCUUCUGCUUUGCAUGGACCAAAUGCCCAACUUCUGGAAUGGCCAAUCAGAUACAAGGUUGCAAUUGGCACAGCAAGAGGGCUUCAUUAUCUUCACAAAUGCUGCCCACGGCGGAUUAUUCACAGAGAUAUCAAGGCCUCGAAUGUUUUGCUUGGUCCAGAUUUUGAGCCACAGAUUUCAGACUUUGGACUGGCAAAAUGGCUUCCAAGGCAAUGGACACAUCACUCUAUAACACCUAUUGAAGGAACUUUUGGGUAUUUGGCACCUGAGUAUUUUCUGCACGGAAUAGUUGACGAGAAAACAGAUGUGUAUGCCUUUGGAGUGCUCUUGUUAGAGAUCAUUACUGGGAGGAAGCCUUCUGAUAUCUCUGAGCAGAACUUUGUAUUCUGGGUAAAACCUCUUCUGGAGUCUGGAAAUAUUUCAGAGCUAGCAGAUCCUCGACUCGGUGGUCAAUAUGAUAUCCAUCAAAUGCAAAGAAUGGUUCUUACAUCAUCUCUUUGUAUAAGGCAGUCUGCAAUUUGGCGUCCAUCCAUGAGUGAGGUGCUGCAGCUGCUAACAGAUGUGCAGAGCCCAGAGCUAGUAGAAAGUUGGAGACUCCCAGCUUCUAAGACAGAUGAAGUUGAUGACUACACAGAUUUUGAUGAACAGGAGUACAGCCAAAGACUCCAAAGUAGUUGUCCCUCAUACUAGCUGACCCGUCUAUGUACCAUCUCAAAUUGGAUAUUGGAGAUUAGUGUGCCUCGUGAUUCCUUGUUCUACACUCAACAAAAAAAAUUAAUGCUUUAAACCAAAUGACUCUCAAUAAGAGUGUCAGCCAAAUAAUUGACUGAAGACUCUAGUAAAUGAUCAUUUUCUUUAUUUACAUGUAAAAUAAUUUAUUCUAUUCAUUUAAAUGUAAACUUAAUUUAGUGACA